AUGGCAAAAUCCAAGGUCGCACCUGUCAAGCAGGUGUCGUUACCUCGCUUGGAACUCUGUGCAGCAGCUCUACUUACCACGCUCAUGCUCCACGUGCGCUCUACUCUCGGUUUGACAACGACGCCAGUGCAUCUGUGGUCAGAUUCAAAGGUCACGCUCCACUGGAUUCAAGGACACAGCACCCGCUGGAAAACCUUUGUCGCCAAUCGAGUGUCUCAGAUCCAGACCCUGCUGCCAGACGCUCAAUGGAGACACAUCGCUGGACGAGAGAAUCCUGCAGAUUGUGCAUCACGCGGUGUUACUCCUGACGAACUCAUUAAGCAUAAACUGUGGUGGACAGGACCUACCUGGCUGUCAGGAGACGAGACUGCAUGGCCUUGUUCCGUCAUCGAAGCCGCAGAGGAUGACCUCCCGGAGCAGCGAGCCACCAGUUUGGUGGUCAAGGCACCGAUCACGGCCGAACCUGACCUCCUCCUCCGGUUCCCGAAGCUACAAAGGCUGCUGCGAGUUACUGCAUGGUGUCGGCGAUGGCUCAAUCCGGCGAGACGCGACGUCAUACUUGGCCGCACUUUGCAUCCGGACGAGCUGGACGUCGCCUUAUUUCGAUGGCUGCGAGUGGUGCAGGCGCUCCACUUUCCUACGGACGUAGCUGCGGCCUCUGCUGGACGCACUAGUCCACCGCGAAGCCACCUAGCGAGGUUGAGUCCGGUCCUCGAUGAUCAAGGCGUGCUGCGCGUCGGAGGACGUCUCAAGCAUGCUCAGCUACCACUCGACGAAAGACAUCCAAUGAUCAUCCCGGCGGCAUCAUGGUUGACUCGGCUGGUGAUUGAUUCCUGCCACCGACGGACACUGCACGGAGGUGUGCAACUGACUCUCGGCUUGCUCCGCCUGCGUUUCUGGGUGCCCCGAGGAAGGACCACCGUCAAACAGCAGCUACACCGAUGCGUGACCUGCACUCGAUGGCGCGCCGCAACACCACAGCCUCCGAUGGGUAACCUUCCUCGGGACCGAGUAACGCCAACUCGACCGUUCCUCAGCACCGGUUUGGACUACGCGGGACCAAUCCUCCUCCGGACCAGCAAGGGGCGUGGACACCGUGCGCACAAGGGAUACAUCGCCGUCUUCGUCUGCUUCUGGUCGAAGGCCAUUCACUUAGAAGUUGUCUCGGACUACACCUCGGAGGCCUUCAUCGCCGCGCUGCGCCGCUUCAUCUCCCGCCGGGCGGCCCCGCACUUUGGUGGUUUGUGGGAGGCCGCCGUAAAGUCGACCAAGUUUCACCUCCGUCGGGUGAUCGGCGAGACCACCCUCACGUUCGAGGAGUUGAGCACACUCCUCGCCCAGAUCGAAGCUUGUCUGAAUUCACGUCCGUUACAGGCACUCUCAGAUGAUCCAGAGGACGUCUCGGCGCUGACCCCCGGUCACUUCCUCGUUGGGGCACCGCUCCUCGCCUUGCCGGAACCGUCAUUGACAGAGCAGACGGUGUCCACCUUGUCACGUUGGCGUCAUCUGCAGCGGAUGAGGGAUCACUUCUGGCAGCGAUGGUCAUCCGAAUACGUGCACGGACUCGCCCCACGCACCAAGUGGCUCAAGGAUGCACCUGCACCCCACGUCGGCGAUCUCUGUCUCGUGCGCUCCGAGAUCACCCCUCCGAGCCGAUGGCCUCUCGCUCGCAUAUUGCGUUUGCACCCCGGAGACGACGGAAUUACACGCGUCGUGACCAUCCGAACGGCCACGUCCGAGCUCGUGCGCCCACUCGUCAAGCUCGUGUUUCUUCCGGGCGUGAACGACGCGCCUACACCGCACAUUGACACAUAG